GGGGGGGGGGGGAGGUGUCACCAAUCCUGACGAGUAAUCCCAUUUGCCCCUCCCAUUUAACCGCAGCAUCUGCGUGGCCCCGCCUCCCGAUGAUGUAACAAUCUCUUCGCGCAUGUUCACAGUCUCCGGGUGGACGGUGUUAUCCUCUCCGCUCAGAGCUGAAGUGGGUCGGCCGUGUGUUCGGGAAAGACUUUCGACUCUUCCUUCGAGAUCACUCUCUGCGGGCCGAAGAUAUCACUUCAAUACUUCGGUAUUGAGACCGAUCCCGAGCGGGGAGAUCUGAUGUUGGCCGUGAGCCCGGAACUGAGGGCCAGUUAAUCAUCUAUUUUCCAGCUAUCUGGGCUCGUCAGAAAUGUGUCGACUUAACUUAAUCUGCAUUGAACGAUCCAAACCGGGAGCCCAGGCUGUCUGUUUCAGCAGAAUUGAAAUGGAAGACUCGCAGACAGGUCACUUGUGUCUUGUGCCGCAGAUUCGCCCCGCCUCCGCUUUGUGACGCCAGAUCACGUGGUUGAUUUUGGCCACUGACUGUGUUCAGUUAAAACUGCGGUGAGAGAUUUAUUGGAAGAAAACGCAUGACUGAAGACGAGGGAACAGCAACAUGUGAACCAGCCCGAGGAUUGAGAGCACUGACUGGAGAGGACCCAUAUGACUCGGAGAUUCCAGUGAUUCAGUCAGGAGAAAGUUUGGUUAAAAACGGGAAGGAAUAUGUCUCCAGGAAUCUGAAACACGGCACAACAGUUUUUUUGUCUCUGUCCAGAUAUUUAAGAAGUGGAGCAAGGGAUUCAAUCAACCAUCCUUCCUGCUCAGACUGUGGGGAGGGAUUCACUUGGUCAUUUCAACUGAAGGUACAUCAGCAAGUUCACACUGGGCAAGGCCAUUCAUCUGUUCUGUGUGUGAGAAAGGAUUCUGUCGGGCAUCCCACCUGUGGACACACCGCUCAGAUGACACUGGGCAGAGCUGGUCAUCUGCUGAAUUUCGGGGAAGGGAUUCUCUCGGUCAUCUGACCUAAUGGCACACCAACGUGUUCACACCAGGGGGCAGGCAUUCACCUGCACAGUCUGUGGGAAGGGAUUCACUGCGUCAUCCAACCUACAGAGACAUCAACGAGUUCACACUGGGGAGAAGCCAUUCACCUGCUCAGUCUGUGGGAAGGGAUUCACUCAGUCAUCCCACCUACAGAGUCAUCAGCGAGUUCACACUGGGGAGAAGCCGUUCAUUUGCUCAGUCUGUGGGAAGGGAUUCACUCAGUCAUCCCAACUACAGAGUCAUCAGCGAGUUCACACUGGGGAGAAGCCAUUCACCUGCUCAGUCUGUGGGAAGGGAUUCUCUCAGUCAUCCAACCUACAGAAUCAUCAGCGAGUUCACACUGGGGAGAAGCCGUUCACCUGUUCAGAAUGUGGGAUAGGAUUCACUCAGUCAUCCCAACUACUGGCACAUCAGUCAGUUCAUAAUGGGGAGUGGCCAUUCACCUGCUCAGUCUGUGGGAAGGGAUUCACUCAGUCAUCCCACCUACAGAGUCAUCAGCGAGUUCACACUAGAGAGAAGCCGUUCACCUGCUCAGUCUGUGGGAAGGGAUUCACUCAGUCAUCCCAACUACAGAAUCAUCAGCGACUUCACACUGAGGAGUGGCUGUUCACCUGCUCAGAAUGUGGGAAAAGAUUCACUCAGUCAUCCACCCUACUGAGUCAUCAGCGUGUUCACACUGGGGAGAAGCCGUUCACCUGCUCAGAAUGUGGGAAAAGAUUCACUCACUCAUCCACCCUACAGAGACACCAGCGAGUUCACACUGGGGAGAGGCCAUUCACCUGCUCAGUCUGUGGGAAGGGAUUCACUCGGUCAUCCAUCCUACAGAGUCAUCAGCGAGUUCACACUGGGGAGAAGCCGUUCACCUGCUCAGUCUGUGGGAAGGGAUUCACUCAUUUAUCCAGCCUACAGAGUCAUCAGCGAGUUCACACUGGGGAGAGGCCAUUCACCUGCUCAGACUGUGGGAAGAGUUUCACUCGGUCAUCCCAACUACUGGCACACCAGUCAGUUCAUACUGGGGAGAAGCCGUUCACCUGCUCAGUCUGUGGGAAGGGAUUCACUCGGUCAUCCCACCUACAGAAUCAUCGGCGAGUUCACACUGGGGAGAAGCCAUUCAUCUGCUCAGAAUGUGGGAAGGGAUUCACUCGGUCAUCCACCCUACUGAGUCACCAGCGAGUUCACACUGGGGAGAGGCCGUUCUCCUGCACAGUAUGUGGGAAGGGAUUCACUCGGUCAUCCACCCUGCAGAGACACCAGCGAGUUCACACUGGGGAGAGGCCAUUCACCUGCUCAGUCUGUGGAAAGGGAUUCACUCAGUCAUCCAGCUUACAGAGUCAUCAGCGAUUUCACACUGGGGAGAGGCCGUUCACCUGCUUAGACUGUGGGAUAGUAUUCACUCGGUCAUCACAACUACUGGCACACCAGUCAGUUCACAGUGGGGACUGGCCGUUGUUAUGAAUCCCUGGGUUUUGUUUGAUGUGGACUGUCAUUUUAAGAGAGAGAGACAGGGAUUAGGAUGCCAACUCAGUCUGACUUGCUGCUUGUUUUCAUUGCUCGCAGCUUGUUUAGUUUUAACCGAGGACACAGACACUCAGAGACAGACAGAGACAAAGGAGGAAAAAUGGAAGGAUUGAAACCAGGGAACUAGUGGCCAAGGGUCACUGUUUGGAACUUUCCUAUGCCCACAAGGACGGGUUAAUUGUCGAUUCACCGUACAUCGAAUGUGUGGUUGUCAUCUCGUUUGAUCCUUAAGAGUGGAUCGGAUUUGGCGCAUCCUGUGGAGACCACUUAUGUGUUAACCCUCGCCUGGCUGUGGUGUGGUAGUUCACGAAGACAAUACCCCUUGUGACAAGUCACUUUCGAUGAUAAUUUGUAUGUGGAUUUGGAACAAUGACGGAUAAAAUCUCCAGCAACUGUUCUCUCGUUUUACCACCGUAGAACCUGUGCAAUUCUACAUAUUUGACUUCUCUCGCCAUUUACCCUGGAUCAUAACUCACUCUCUCUCAUCGCCUAUUCUGUAGUUCAACUGAACUUUCAUACUUUACCAUCUCAAGACUGGAAGCCUUGUUUCCCCUGAGCUCAAUAGUUUGGGAGUUACAUUUACACACAUUUAUAAACUUAACACUGUUAACUUCUGUUUAUCUUGUUGAAGUUGCAAUUUUACAAGUAGAUUCUAAUAAAGACAGAU